CCUGGAUUAUUACAGCUACAACACCACUCCAACCCUACUGCAUCUCACCAAGGAUCGUGUAAUGGCCCUAGAAACAAGUACCCGAGUGGCCUUAGACCAUCUGGAGUCUGUUCCCGAGAAACUCAGCCUUUUAGAAGAUUUCAAAGAUUUUGGAGAAGCGUAUCGCCAGAGAGAGAUGAUUGAAGAGAGAUACACUAGAUAUAAAGAAAUAGUGGGAUCCCUACAGCAGCAGCUGGAAGACUCAAAAAAAAAGAUCCAACGUUUCAAGGAGGAGGAAACACAUGAUGAUAUUUCUGACAUACAAGCAGCAGCCCUAUCGUCCACCUGGCGACCUAAAACCAGCUUUAUGUCGAGCUUACCACUUUCAGAUUCAGGUUCAUUAAUAAAAAGAAUGGUUCCCUUUGAUCUAAGUACAACCAAGGAAGAUUCCAUUAAUGUAACUCUCAAUGGAAUGAAGUAACAAGUGGAAAAAGAGAAGCGCUAAAGCAGCUAACAAGUGUGCAGAAGUACAGCAGCUUUCUUUGUGGGAAAUUCAGUUUUACACCAUUGUUUUAA